GCCUAGAAGUACAGCUUCCCUAAACGCGACCACCUACAGCAUUCCAUCGCUAAUCGAAAAAAGCCUGGUCGAGGCCGCCAAAGUGCCGCCCGCACUUGCGGAGAUUCUGCUGCUUCCGCUGAAGCAGUUCGCGGACCCGGAGCUCGCACGGCACGAAACGCUCGCAAAGCUGGCUGGCUUCGUCGUGAGUAAGAUGUCUUACAACUCCACCGUGGGAAGAACAGAUGAACUUCGACGAAGGCCGCGAGGGACUGGAACUACUUCUACACACGACCUAAUAGCAGCGGAGGGAGCUACAGCUACAAUGAUGAGCAAGAUGAAUCAAUCAAGCACAUCACGACCUUCGCUUGUUCAGCAUAUGGUAUCCCGAAGCAGCAGAACAAGCAGUACAAACAGCACUGCCACGGUCGUGGACCGGCGGCUGCGGCGCUGGGCGGCGG